GAGUGGGCUGUGGACUUCGCCUAGGCAGGCACUUACGGGAUCGGAGCGGCGAUGGGGAACGCCAGCUUCAUGGGAGAGGAGUUCAAAAUGAUCCAGGUGGUCCGAUCAGAGCUGAAGAUGGGUAUGGGGAAAGUGGCAGCCCAGUGCUCACACGCCGCGUCAGCCUACAAGCAGGUCCAGCGCAGGAACCCUGAGCUGCUGAUGCAAUGGGGGUACUGCGGCCAGCCCGAAAUCGUGGUUAAAGCCCCGGAUGAGGACAGUCUGAUAGAACUGCUAACCCAUGACAAAGUAGGGCUGCCUGUCUUUUUGCUCCAAGAUGCAGGGAGGACCCAGAUAGCACAAGGGUCCCUUACUGUGCUGGGAGUAGGCCCUGAACCAGCUGAUCUCAUGGACAAAGUCACUUGGACACUUGAAACGGUAUUAGAUAGAAAUUAG